AUGGAAGCAGAGGAGGUGUCUGAGAUGGAAGCAGAGGAGGUGUCUGAGGAGGAGGUGUCUGAGAUGGAAGCAGAGGAGGUGUCUGAGGAGGAGGUGUCUGAGAUGGAAGCAGAGGAGGUGUCUGAGGAGGAGGUGUCUGAGUUGGAAGCAGAGGAGGUGUCUGAGAUGGAAGCAGAGGAGGUGUCUGAGGAGGAGGUGUCUGAGAUGGAAGCAGAGGAGGUGUCUGAGAUGGAAGCAGAGGAGGUGUCUGAGGAGGAGGUGUCUGAGAUGUAUGCAGAGGUGAUUGAGGAGGAGGUGUCUGAGAUGGAAGCAGAGGAGGUGUCUGAGGAGGAGGUGUCUGAGAUGGAAGAAGAGGAGGUGUCUGAGGAGGAGGAGGAGGUGUCUGAGGAGGAGGUGUCUGAGAUGGAAGCAGAGGAGGUGUCUGAGGAGGAGGUGUCUGAGAUGGAAGCAGAGGAGGUGUCUGAGGAGAACGUGUCUGAGGAGGAGGUGCUGAGGAGGAGGUGUGUGAAAAGGAGAUGCUGA